AUGAGUGAAGACACCUUUUCAUCGGCUAUUCACUAUUGGAAAGGUAUCCAACUCUCCAAUCUACAAAAAGAGCUCGAUCAGCAAGGUCUGGCUAUAGUCGAAAAGCAAAAAGAUGGUCUUGUGUCUCGAAAAAAGCUGGCAGAACAAACCAGAGAGUUCAAGAAGAUUCCAGAUGAAGAAAAGCUGCAAAAGUUCAAGCCUCUAUUGAAAGGGUACCAGGCUGAAAUUGACAAUAUCACCAAACGUACAAAGUAUGCAGAAAAUGCAUUUUUGACAGUGUAUAAACUGCUUGCCGAUGCUCCCGAUCCAGCACCACUUUUUGAGAUAGCUGUGGAUCAAAGUGCGAAGAUGGUAGAUAGCACUUCACUGCAGAAUGAAAACAGCUAUUUGAAAGAGCAAUUACAGAAAGCAAAUGAUAAUAUCAAGCGUCUCGAAACAACAGAAAAGACAAAUUUGGAGUUGGUGCAAAAAGUAUCAGCCUUGGAAGAAUCUUUGGCAGAACGAAAGUCGAAAGAUACCAGUGAGAUGGAGCAAGAGAUGAAGGAUCAGUAUAGUGACAAGAUCAAACAACUGAAAGAACGGGAAUAUGAUCUUCAGAAGCAGCUUAAUCUGGCAUUGGAUCAGCUAACAGAUUUAAGACAAUCUCAUGAUGAUACACAGGCCGAGCUUAUAGGCCACGGCCAAAAAUAUGAUGAGGAAGUGGUCGGCAAAUUGGCAGAGUUAGACAUAGUUACAAUGGAUCUGGAACGUGCCAAUGGAAGAAUUAUUCAAUUGGAAAAGAAGAAUGAUGACUUGAAAGAAGAGAUGGCUAAACUGCAUGGAUCCAAAGAUAGCACUGAAGGAAACGAAUCAACACAACAUGAAGCCGAGGUGACUAAACUCAUCAACGAUGUUGAAACCUACAAAGACAUGUUCCAAAAGACAGAAAUAAGAUUAUCGAAAAAGGUCAAAGAGUUAACCACGGAGAACAACGCACUGACUGAAGAAAGAGAGAAUCUGAAGAAAAAGAUGAAGCAUUUUGAGGAUUAUGACGAAAUUAAGCGAGAGUUGCAAAUCAUGAAGUAUGUUGAGUUCUCAACAGGUGAAGAUGAGGACGACUUUAUUGCAGACGAUGUAUUAAAGAAGGAUGGCACCAUUGAAAACAGCCUCGAAGUGCGAUUGAUGGAGAAAAACAAGAAAUUGGAGAGUGAAUAUACACAAAUCAAGGUCUCUUUUGCAGAUCUUCAAAAAGCAUUUGAUAAGAACGCUAGCAGCAUACAGUCAUUAGAGAAAAAAUUGCAAGAGAAAUCAGCACUUGUCCAACGCUUGGAGGAAGAUUUACUUCGCAUGGGCCAUAAAUCCAAUUCGGAUCCCACUAUCCUGGACGCACUGAGCAGAAGUGCCUCAGGCACACCUAUGCCUCGAACACCUGAUGGCGCACUUACUCCUCUUUUGGAUGGACCGAGCGGCGUCAAGAAGGAAGAUAAGAGUAUCUUGCCCAUUGUGAUCAGUCAACGGGAUCGUUUCAGACAGAGAAACAACGAGUUGGAGGAACGUGUGCGAUCUCUAGAGACAUCGUUGCAGGAUGCAAGAACUGAAGUGCAAAAGCUUAAAACAGAUAAUUUGAAUCUGUAUGAACGACUCAAGUUUGUUCAUGUGUGGAAGGAAGGACAGCAACAGGAAAAGGGCAUAACGAACCGCUCAGUUGCUGUCACUAUGGAUGAGCCCAGUACAUCCAUGAGAAGCUUCAGAAGAAGUUCCAUCAACAAGCAAGUAGAUGAUCCAUCUGACAAGUACGGCAAACUAUACGAAGAAAGCAUGAAUCCAUUUACACAAUUCCAUAAAAAGGAGGAGACCCGUCGAUACAAUGCACUGAAUCCAGCAGAGAAACUCACUCUAAACUUAACCCGCCUCUUGUUCUCUCAUAAAUGGUCUCGUUACUUUUUCAUCAUUUACUCUCUAUUACUGCAUCUAUUGGUGGUUGCCACUCUCUAUCAAUUGAGCUUAUGGGAAUGCCGACAUGACCAUGAAGCCAUCAAUUUUCCUACUAACAAUGAUGAUGCGACAAAAAUACUCAAUGACAUUUAA